CCCACCGGUAGCGGCAUAUCUGGGUUACCCUCUCCUCCAGACUUUCGCAGCCCCGCGGCUUAUCUUCCUCGCUCGACUGACAACGACGACACAUCCACAGACUCGCAUACACUGUUCCUUUCCAUCCGGCCGGCCUUCCGCAGCCGAAGACCUCCGCGAUGAUGUCUGCUCAGCUCAACCCGCCGCCUGGCUCCGCCUUGGCUUCCGCGACCGCCGGUGCACAGCAGCCCACUGCUGCUGAGUCCUCCAGCCCCGGCACGGAUCUCGAGACCUCCGCUCCUCCUUUGCGGAACCGUGCUGGUGAUAGCAAGAACCCGUUCGUGCGUGCUCACACAGACACCCUGGUCCACUGGCAGCUGCUCGACGACGAGGCUCUGGCUCGGGCCAAAGCUGAAAACAAGCUCAUCUUUCUGACGAUUGGCUUCCUCGCUUCCCACUAUUGCCAUCUGACCAGACAAGAUUCGUUCUGCAAUCCCCGCAUCGCUAAUAUCCUCAACGAGCACUUUAUCCCCAUCAUUGUCGACCGCGAAGAGCGACCAGACAUUGACACCAUAUAUAUGAACUACAACCUGUCAUUGAACAGUGGUGGCGGCUGGCCGCUCAACAUGUUCCUUACUCCCGAUCUCGAGCCUGUCUUUGGCGGCACAUAUUGGACCGGCCCUGGCGUUCACACUUCCAAAUCUGAGACGGACACCGGAGACGAGCCGCUGGAGUUCCUUGUCAUUCUCCAGAAGCUUCUAAGCGUAUGGCCGGAGGAAGAAGUCCGCGUGAGAGACGAGGCCAAGAAGAGUGUCAUCGAGCUGCGCCGUUUCUCCGGAGAGGGCACCCUCAAUGCUGACUCGGCUUCUCGCCAGCCCUCGCAAACCGUGGAUAGCGAAUUUGAGGGCGAGGUGGACCUUGAUCAGAUCGAAGAGGCUUAUACCCGGAUCGCGGCCACGUUCGACCCAAUGUGUGGAGGCUUCGGACAGGAGCCCAAGUUUCCCACCUCCGCAAAGCUGUCCACCUUGCUGCGAGCAACACAGUUCCCCAAGGAGGUGCAGGAUGUCGUUGGUGCCCAAGACUGCGGAUAUGUCAGCACAAUGGCACUGCACACUCUUCGCCGCAUGAUCGCUGGCGGCAUGCAUGACCAUGUUGGGGGAGGAUUCCACCGGUUGUCAGUGACCAGAGACUGGUCGCUGCCGUCAUUUGAGAAGCUUCUCAUUGACAACUCACUCCUGCUUGGCGUGUUCCUCGACGCGUGGCUGCUUGUUGGAGGAACAGAACAGUCCGAAUUCGCCAGUACGGUCAUUGAAGUGGCGGACUACAUCACCAGCGACAGGAUGAUUUCGAGCACUGGUGGGUUCGUCUCUAGCGAGGCCGCCGAUUCGGUCAACAAAAAGGGCGAUAGCAUUAUGCAGCAGGGCGCCUUUUACCUAUGGACGAGGAAAGAGUUCGACAGCGUGAUAGGAGACGAGCAAGAGAGCGAGGUGGCGGCAGCAUACUGGGAUGUUCAGGAGCACGGCAAUGUCGACAGGAGCCACGAUCCACACGACGAAUUCCUCAACCAGAACGUUCUACGCAUUGUCCGUAAUCACGCGCGACUGACGAAGCAGCUAGGGCUGUCUGAUGACGACGUUCCCAAGAUCAUCGCCUCCGCGCGGGAGAAGCUUCGGGCGUUCCGCGACAAGGAGCGCGUUCAACCGGCUAUUGACACUAAGGUGGUGACUGCCUACAAUGGCAUGGCUAUUGCUGCGCUUGCGAGAACCGCCCUUGCGUUGCGACACACGGGCGGGGAGUUCGCAGCAAAGGGUGAAACCUAUCUCGCAGCUGCCAAGAAGGCCGCCGAGUUCAUCAAAACACAGCUUUGGGAUGCCAGCAGUCAAGUUUUGUACCGCGUGUGGGCAGAUGGCCGCAGCGACACAAGGGCUUUUGCUGACGACUAUGCCUAUCUCAUUGAGGCUUCGCUUGAGCUUUACGAGGCGACGUCGGACGAGUCAUGGCUGCAGUGGGCCGAUGAGCUCCAAGCCGUGCAAAUCAAGUUGUUCUACGACAGCGUCACUCCUUCGGCCGACGAACCCAGCGCUAGCCGCUGCGGUGCGUUCUACUCAACAACCAGUAGGUCGCCUCAUGCCAUUCUGCGUGUCAAGGACGCCAUGGACUCUGCCCAGCCAUCGGUCAAUGCAGUCUCUGCAUCCAACCUCUUCAGGCUUGGUGCAUUGCUUGGGGAUAAGAAGUAUAGCUACCUGGCCAAGGAAACCGUCAAUGCGUUCGGCGUAGAAAUGCUUGAGCAUCCGCAUCUUUUCCCCGGGCUGCUCUGUGGAGUCGUGUCAUGGAGACUUGGAGCGUCACAGCUCGUCUCGAUAAGUCACGGUCCAGCAUCCAAGGAGCUUGCCAAGUUCUUCAAGGCGCCGCGUGCUAGCCUGUCGACUCUGCUGUACCUCGGCGGACCAUCGUCGUGGCUUCGCAGUAGGAACCCGGCGCUAGGUGACGUUCCUCAAGAAACAGGGCUGUUUGUUCUUGAGAAUGGGAGCUACCGUCGGCAUGAGACUGCGGGAAGUGAGCCUAUGGCGACGGACUCCGUGUGAAUCAAGCUUGUGACACAAGCUUGACUACCUGGGCAGCUCGCGGCAAUACUGUAUAUGUCAUGGCUGGCGUUUGUGGUUCCAAUUUGGCGUUAUUGAUUCCCUGGCGGCCGUGGUUUGAAGAUUGCUAGAGAAGUUGCACAUGGUGAUACCAUGUUAUAAAUCUUUCCAUAACCACUUCCAUGGACGGUCUUGUGUGACAUUGCAUUGGAGAGGGUUGGAUCUGUCAAUGAGCGACUGCUGAUGAAGACCACGGCGAUAGAACGUGGCGGUCUUUUGCGUUGCUCCGUACCCCGGAACCCCGGCCGGUACCCCGAGAGGCGGGCGGGGGUGGGGCGGGGGCAUGGAGGCGGAUCCGGGGCUGAGAUGUCACAGGGUCUCGCUUACGUGCUCUCUACACUCCGAC